AUGAGUUCAUCACGACGAGAAUCAGCAACUGAUGUAACAGCGUUCAAUGACAAUGAUGAGCAACAACCAUUUACCGUUCCAUUGAUGCCAUCACAUGUGACCCCGACACGUACCGAGCGUCGAAAAUCGUCCCUGGCAGCGAUAUUUGAUGAUACUCGUCGUCGAGAAGAACCAGUUUUAAAACAUACCCGACCAAAUCAUCGUCGUUUAUUGGGAAAACAUGAUGUACCAUAUGUUAUUGACGAAGAAUUAUUCAAGGAACAGCGAACUCUUUGUGAAACAACAUUGAUUCUCUGCUCUUGGUGUUUGAUCAUACUCUUUUUUCCAUUUUCAAUAUUUAUUGCGUUGAAAAUCGUCCAGGAAUACGAGCGUGCAGUUGUUUUUCGUUUAGGUCGUUUAAAUAGUGCAUCCGCGCGCGGUCCUGGAAUGUGUUUCAUUUUGCCAUGUAUCGAUACUCUCCAUCUCGUUGAUAUUCGUACUGUUUCAUUUGAUGUACCUCCUCAAGAAGUCUUGACACGUGAUAGUGUUACAGUUGCUGUCGAUGCCGUUGUAUAUUAUCGAGUAUUUCAUCCAACACGAUCAAUUUCGAACGUUGAGAAUGCUCAAGAAUCAGCGCAUCUACUUGCACAGACAUCAUUGAGAAACGUUCUGGGCACACGUUUGUUAUCGGAAUUACUGUGCGAUCGUGGUGCUGUAUCGAAUUUUAUGCGAGAAUGUCUAGAUGAUGCAACUGACAAUUGGGGUAUCAAAGUUGAACGAGUCGAGAUCAAGGAUGUUCGUCUACCGAAAGGUCUCCAACGAAUCAUGGCUGCUGAAGCUGAAGCAGCACGCGAAGCAAGAGCAAAAAUUAUCGCCAGUGAAGGGGAAUUCAAAGCAUCCAAUGCAUUAAGAGAAGCGGCAGAUAUUCUCUCUCAAUCACCAUGUGCUAUGCAACUACGAUACCUACAAACAUUGAGUAAUAUCGCUACAGAACAAAAUUCAACCAUCAUUUUUCCAUUACCAGUGGAUUUGAUGUCGUUAGCUCAAACAAAUCCAUUCUCCUUAACAACGGCCAUUUCAAGCAAUAGCAAUAAUACUACGACGGGAAAAUACACAACAAUAACAGAUAUUUAG